CUAGAAGCUAGAGCAUGGCAAGCGCAAACGGCGAGCCGGCCGUCGUCGACCUCACCGAUCCACCUCCGAAUGAUGCGCCCGAUGCAGUGGACCCCUUAUCCUCGCUCGGUGCUCUCGCCGCCUCCCUCGACUGCUAUGACGACGACGUCCCUGCCUUCCUCAACGGUCUGCUGGCACCACAUCUCCCUCAGGCACUGCCGUCGGGGCAGUUGGCGCCCGACCUUGCGCCGAUCGAUCGACAGCUGGGCGAGCUGCUGACCAGGCUUUCGCUUCUCUCGCAGGACACAAGUGGGGCGCUCGAGCAAAGUAUCCAUGAUAUCAGUCGCAACGUCCCUCGCCUGACGUACGACCUGCAAUUCAUGCGCGAGAGCGCAGUCUCGCUUCAAUCGUCGCUCCACCUGGUUCAAGAUAGAGUGGCACGGCAGGCGGCGCCGGCCGAGUCGGACAGUGACGAGGCGAAGACGCACCGCGCGCUCGAGCGACUGGGUCACCUUGACAAGCUCAAGACCCGCAUGGAGAGCGCGCGCGAUAUCCUAGCCGAGGCUGAAAGCUGGAGCACACUUGAGGGAGAGAUUACCUCCCUUAUUGCCGAGAAGAGAUGGACGAAGGCUGGACAGCGCCUCGCGGAGGCAGCCAAAAGCCUGCGCGUCUUUCAGUCCGCUGAGGGCGAGUACGAGAGCAAGCGCUCCCUCCUGGUGUCGUUGCAGAACGAACUGGAGACAGCGCUCUCUGCUGCGCUCAAGGACGCGAUCGCGCGCGUUGACACUAAGGAAUGCGCAAGCUUCCAUGAUGUGUUCCGCAUGAUGGACCGAGGCAGCGAGUUCCAAACCUACUAUUUCGCCGCGCGGCGCGCACCGAUCUCCAAGGCGUGGGCCGAGGCCGAGCUUUCCGACGCCGACUCACCGUCUGAAGACGGUCUGCCUUUCACCGUAUUCCUUCCACGAUUCUACGCGACCGUGCUGAGCACAUUGAACGCCGAAAAGUCGCAGAUUGCGGCCAUCUUCCCGGCGGAAUCGACGGCCAAUGUCCUGGGGGCCUUCUUCCAGGCUGCGCUUGACGAUCUUUCACCAUCAAUGCAGUUCCGCCUGUCAGCCGUGAGCGAACACCACGGCCCACAGGCGCUUCCCGAAAUCAUACGCGCAUUCAAGGCCACUGAGGAGUUCGGGCACUCCGUUCAAGGCUUGAUGGACAAGCUCUCGGGCCUCGAUCGACGAAUCUCCAACGUGUCUGGAAGUUUGUCGCCCGCAGGGCCUGCCUCUCCUGCCGCAAGCACCGCUCGUUUGCGCCGCGAGCCGUCCCUUUCCUCCCCAUCUUUCGCCUCACCUCACACCCGCCACGUAAGCGUUUCACACCGCUUCUCCCGCACAUUCUCUUUCGCGCCGGAGGUCUCAUCGCCCACCGGGUGGGAGGGUAGUCUCUACGAGCCCUUCCACGACCUUCAAGUGUCCUAUCCCGCCAUGGAGAAGAAGUAUCUCGGCUACCUGCUGGCGAAUGAUCCGCCGCUCAAUGGUGAAAUCAGCGAGGAGAACCCUGCGCGCACGCUCACGAGCCGCGCAACUACACUAUUCGCGCUCGCCGAGGACGCCGUCGCCCGCUGCUUGGCAUUGACGCACGGUUACGGAGCGCUGGGACUGCUCGAAGCUUUGGCCGGAACAGUGGCUGAGUUCCUCAGCGACAACAAGGGCAUUAUCGAGGCUGCGCGUGGGGCUGCUCGCCGCGGGGCAGGUCACGACACUCUGGACCUUGAAGGGUUAGACUACUCCCCGCAGGAUUGGGGUGCCUUUCAGCUGGGCUUGCAUGUUUUGGAAGCGUGCCGGGACGUGCGUGAUCGGCUCUCCGCAUUCGAGCGGAAGCUGCACGCUGCCCUGUUGGGAAUUGCGUCAACGCUCGCUCUCACUCCUGCUGAUGGGCUGACGUUUCAACGCACCGACACUACGCUCGGCGCUAUCACUCUCCUACAACAGAGCACACUCAACAGUGCCGAGCUACACGCGCUCGUCUCGGGCCUAUCAAGUGACUCUUACCCUCUCCCCGCCGCCCGCGAAGCGCUUUCAUCCUUUACCCGCGCUGCUCAAGUGUUCCUCCAAGGCAUCAUUCUCCGGCCCCUGCAGAGCCACCUCGAUGCCUACCCAUCCCUCAGCGUGUGGGCGCAGCCUGAGAAACCGACACGGCGCGGGGAACUUGCCAUUCCCUCCUUCUCGCUGUCGCCAACGGACACGAUCCUCCGCGUGUCAGAAGGCCUGCUGAACCUGCUGCGUGUGUUUGAGGUGUAUGCGGCCGAUGAUGCGCUGGCGUUUUCUAUCGAGACGCUACCAUUCGUAGACGUCGACUCCCUACGAGAGCUCCUCGCCCCGAAGGAAGAAGAGCGCGAGUUGGAGCGCGGUAGUGAGCGCGAACGAACGCCCAGCGGUGUUGGCAGCGGGCAGGCAUCUCCGAUCCCCGCCUCCACUACCGCUAUCACUUCCAAAGCGGCCGCGACAGAACCUGCGCUGACUCCCGAAGCCGUCCUUUCGACUUGGGUGUCCAGCUUGGCUCUCUCACUGCUCUCCCACCUUACGCGCACAACGCUUCCGGCCAUCCGCAGUCUGACUGCUCCAGGCGCUGCGCAGCUCGCAAGCGACUUGGCGUAUCUGUCAAACGCCGUGAGGGCGCUCGACGUCGAAUGGGAGGACUUGGAGCGGUGGCGUGAGGCGGCGGAGAGCAAGGACGAAGGGGAGUGGCGGAGGAAAAGUGACGGCAAGGGCGCAUGGAUCGCCGUGGGGCGUUUGAGGGGAUGGGCGGUGUAGCGCUGCUUAGCAUAACGGAGAAGCAUGUAUAGCAUAGCAUUG